UGGGCACUCGUCGCAUCCAGCACCCACAUUCACAACCGGACCGAGACGCGGUUUCAUUCAACAAACCACGUCUCAUUCUGCCGUGAUUCGGCGCUAACAAAGUGAUUUACCUUCGUCGCAUCGCCGAUUCGUUUUUUCCGAUAAGAUCGCAACGACAAGUCUCAAGAUGUCGACCAUCACCCCGACGGCGCUGCAGAGCUCGCAGCCGCCCAUCAUCCCGCUGAGCUUCAAUGGGAACCAGCCCGAGACCAUCCGCCUGUACCCUCUGUCCAACUACACCUUUGGCGUUAAGGAGACCCAACCGGAAGAAGACCCGAGUGUUCUGGCGCGCCUCAAGCGGCUGGAGGAGCACUACCAGGCCCACGGCAUGCGGCGCACUUGCGAGGGCAUCCUGGUGUGCCACGAGCACAACCACCCGCACAUCCUGAUGUUGCAGAUCGCCAACGCUUUCUUCAAGCUCCCGGGCGACUACCUGCGGCCCGAGGAUGAUGAGGUCGAGGGCUUCAAGGCACGUUUGGACGAGCGGCUCGCCCCCGUCGGCAGCCUCGGCGAGGGCAACAAGGCGGCCGACUGGCAGGUCGGCGACUGCCUCGCGCAGUGGUGGCGCCCGAACUUUGAGACCUUCAUGUACCCCUUCGUUCCGGCCCAUAUCACGCGCCCUAAGGAGUGCAAGAAGCUGUACUUCAUCCAGCUGCCGCACUCGAAGGUCCUGAGCGUCCCCAAAAACAUGAAACUUCUCGCCGUCCCUCUCUUCGAGCUCUACGAAAACACCCAGAGAUACGGUCCCCAGCUUUCGGCCAUUCCCCACCUACUCAGCCGCUACAACUUCGAGUUUGUCAAUGAGGACGGCGAGGUGGUUGCCAUGACGCCAGGCUCCGGCCCGACCGACGGUGAAGUCCCCAAGACCAAGGUCUUGGCUGGGGGCGACGAUGUCGACAUGAAGACGGAGAACGGGACGCACUAAUUGGUGGAUGGCAUCGCUCAUGGGUUUGCUUUUCGGCGGGCGUCCGGCGUUAGGGUUGGGCAUCAUGGGACGGCGAUUUACGGGUAGAUAUCAGUGGCUGGAAAGCAAUGCUGGAGCCCGUCAUAUAGAUGGCAGAUUGGGAGUAUACCCGAGAUCCGAAUGUGAAUUCAUGCCUUCUCACCCUGAAU